AUGUCUCUGACUGACGGCUUCUACAAGUCUGAUGUAUCCGAGGAGGGCGGCAUCCAGGUCCUGCACCGUGCCGCCGAGCUGGGGGUGACUCUCAUCAACACGGCGGUGUUCUACGGUGCGGGGGUCAACGAGACCCUGAUCGGGAAGGCCUUCCCCCCAGAGAAGAUCGAGAGCCUAGUUAUCGCUACAAAAUGGGGCCUGGAGAAUGACUUCAGCACAGACUUCUCUCCAGCAGCAGCCCGCCGUGCAGUGGAGGGCUCCCUGAAGAGGACAGGCAAGAAAGCUGUGGAUGUAUUGACACUGCGGGGACCCCUGCCGGAGGAUUAUGAUCUCGAGUUGGUCUUCAAGGGAGUCAAGGCUCUGGUGGACGAGAGGCUGGUAAAGCAUGUGGGGCUGUCAGAGGUGACGGCUGAGCAGAUCAAGGCUGCUCACGCCAUAGUUCCCAUCACCCUGAUCGAACUCGAGUGGAGCCUCUUCUCACGCGAGGCAGAGGCAAGCUGCGACGACAUCAUCCCCACCGCCCGGGGCCUGGGCAUCGGCUUCCUGGCCUACAGCCCCCUGGGUCGCGGCAUCCUGGCAGGGCGCUUCUCCAGCACCGCCGAGAUCCCUGAGGGCGACUUCCGCGCGGCCGCGCAGCCCCGCUUCCAGGGCGAGAACUUCGCCAAGAAUCUGGCGCUGGCCGAGGCGCUGAGGGGCGUGGCGGGGCGCAAGGGCGUGACCCCCGGGCAGCUGGCGCUUGCCUGGCUGCUGGCCCAGGGCGAUGACGUGGUCCCCAUCCCGGGGACAAAGAGCGUCAAGUAUCUGGAGCAGAACGUGGCCGCGGCGGGCGUGAGGCUGACGCGCGAGGAGCUGGACGAAGUCGAGGCGGCGGUCCCUGCUGGGGCGGCGGCCGGCGGCCGGUAUUGA